CGACCGCACUGUGCCCAUUACCCUUUUUCUUGCUGAGCCGCGCUUCACCAUAAUUUCGGAUUCAUUGAUUCCUUGAUUCUCAGAGUCCCCUUUUUUUUGAAACUUCCCGCAAGUCAAUUUAAAUAGUACUUUUUAAAUAUUCCCAAUCUUAAACAUCUUUUCUCCUUUGGUGUGAGUUAGAGAUGGCCUUUGCAAUUCCAAGUGUCGUUGCUUCUCUGUUAUUUCUUCUUCUUCUACAACCUCUGACUGCUUCCAAUGAUUUCUUGCCUCCUCUGUUCUCUCCCAUAGCCGAGGAUAUUUGCAAAGAAGUUCGAUGUGGAAAAGGUACUUGCAAGUCUUCUGGCAAUAGCUCUCUUUACGAAUGCGAGUGUGAUCCAGGUUGGAAACAAACUCGUAUUUCUGACCACGACAAGUUAACGUUUCUUCCUUGCAUAGUUCCCAAUUGUAGUCUUGAACACUCAUGCUCCAACGCACCUUCCCCUGCUCAAGAGAAAGCAAAAAAUGCUUCCGGGUCAAUAUUGGAUGUUUGCCAUUGGGUUGAUUGUGGAGGCGGGUCAUGCAACAAGACAUCAAUGUUCUCCUACAGCUGUGUCUGCGAUGCUGGCUUUUACAAUCUUCUCAAUAUGACCGCCUUCCCUUGCUUCAAAGAAUGUUCUCUUGGCAUGGAUUGCAAGGAUCUAGGAAUAUCAUUAAAAAACUCAUCGAGUGCUCCACCACCAGCAUUGCAGGACAGCAGUAACAACGCUAGCUCGACUCUACAAGGAAGCUUCUUUUGGAUGUUCGCGCUGAUUCUGUACAUGGCUAAGAUUCAGCUUCUAUAGGACUUUGGCUUAUAGCUUUAGGAGAAUGUCUGAUUCUGUCAUUUGUUUUGGUGUGAGCCUUGGAUAUUUUUGUAAAAAGGAUCUUAUAAAAUUACUUUAGGGUGAAGUUAGAAAGAGAUAUUAUGAGGGGAGAAAUUGGCCUCAUGCCUGUUAAGAUACACGUGUGCAGAGGUGGCAUGGGGCAAUUUAUUUUGAUCUCUCUUUAACUUUACUUCCUUAAAGUACCUUAAGGAUCUGAAUUCGGAUGUUUAGUUAGAUAAAUAACGUGGCGGCGAUUAUACGCUCUGCUGCAACUCUGUGCUUUGGCAUGUUUUUCCCCUUCUUUUUUCAUUUUCUUUGUAAUAAUUAGUUUAGAUGAAACGUAUUA